AUGAUUUCCAAACGCGCCGCCAUUAGCUCCUCUGACCUCGACAUACCUUGGCGCUAUGUAGACCUAGGUCCAAGAGGACGGUACGAUCCGGACACAAACCCCACGGGUGUAAUAACGCAAUUCACGAGCGCAGAGAAUUACCUUGUCCAAGACGAACUCGCCAAGUUCAUCAAAGCAAAAGUCGAAAUUCCUGAGCAAGCCUUGGGCUACAGCUACAGCACUGCCGGUGGGCAACGGCUUCCCGCCGCGCUAGCGGCGCAUUUGAACGAAUAUUGGAAGCCAUGGAAGCCAUUGAGUGGAGAUGAUAUUAGAAUUACGGGUGCGGCAACGGCGCUGCAUGAGAUUUUGGGAUUUAGUGUUGCGGAUCCAGGACAAGGAAUCAUGACGAGCAGACCCUAUUACGGGCGCUUCGAACUUGACUUUGGACUUAAAGUUGGGCUGAGGAUUGUCGCUGCGGAUACACCAUUAGAGACGUGUUUGCAGCCUGAUGUCGUCGAUGUUUUCGAGGAGACGUUGCAAAGAGCGAAGGCUGGUGGUAUCGAGGUUAGAGCUCUGCUCAUUGUUAAUCCACAUAAUCCCUUAGGACGAUGCUAUCCCAAGGAGACGCUAAGCGCGCUCAUGCGCUUCUGCCAGAAACACGGCAUCCACCUCAUCAGCGACGAGAUCUAUUCUUUCUCGGGGUUUGAUUCUGCCGAGCCUGGCACUCACCCCUUCACCUCUGUUCUCUCGCUCGAACCGGAAAUAGACGGGGACCUAUUGCACGUUAUCUACGGCAUGGCGAAAGACUACGCCGUCCCUGGGCUACGGGUCGGCGCGCUCAUCACGCGCAAUCAAGCACUCCUCAAGGCACUUAAGUCUGUGGUACGGUUUCACAACCCCUCGGGUCCUUCGGUAGCCAUUGGCACUGCUAUGCUAGAGGAUCGUGUGUGGUUACGUUCGUUCAUUAAGCUGAGUCGGGAGCGUGUGGGCGAUGCGUACACGUACUUCACCGGAAGGCUUUCCAAGAUGGGUGUGAAGUAUCUAUCCAGAGUCAAUGCAGGGCUUUUCGUGUUUGUUGACCUCUCGCCGUGGUUAAGUGAGGACGUCGGACAGGGGCAGACGGCGAGAGAGCAGGAGUUGGCUCAGCGGUCAUUGGACCAGGGGUUUUUCUUGCAACCGGGUGAAGAGCAUGCAUUGGAGCCCGGAUGGUACAGACUGGUUUAUACGGUGGAGCGGAGGGUGAUGGAUGAGGGUUUAAGAAGGUGA